UGUAUACCUGGCGAGAAACGGCCUCGUCAAUCGUCAAUUCAAUCUCGAAGAAAAUGGAGCUGCCAAAAUUAUGCUGUGUAAAAGGUUUGUUUGUCCUGAUGACGUUACUUCCGGGAUACUCCACGGGAUUUUUAGUGGACACUACCGACAUGUGCGACAUCCUCCGCGUCAUUGACUGCAUCCAUCAUUACCAGACUAACGGGGACGAGACCAUGUGUUGUACAGACGGGAAGACCUACCCCAACAAGUGUCUGUAUGUUCAGGCUAAAUGCGAUAACGUAAGACUGGAACCUAUACACAACGGGGCGUGUUCUGACGUAGACAGGAAUCCUCGUCACGAUAACACCACGGACAGUCCGGGCGCCAUGCAGACCUCGGAUAACUACACCAUCACCCCCGAAUUUUGUGCCGACACUCGACCUUGUCCGAAUGACCUCAACCCAAUCUGUGGAAACAACCGUAUAUUCUAUGUAAACUUGUGUGAUUUUAACAAAGCAAAAUGUAAGGACCCCAACUUACAGAGGAUAAAUCUGAGCGACUGCAAAGACAGCACCACCAUCUACAAGUACAGACGCAUGCGCAUGCGCGCACAAAGAAAAGGCAUUGGGAAACGCCGGUUUACGUAGAAUUUUAUAUAUUUAUCUUAUGAAAAUGACUGAUAAGACCAUCCUUAAAAAUGCUGAUUUAGUAAAUGACGCGACCAUCACUUCAUCAUUGAGUAGGUAGUUAGGCAUUGCUUUAUUUUUCAACCAUUUCAAAAUCACAACAUUAAAACCGGUUUUGUAAUCUACAAGGAAACAAGUACUCUGUGCGCUAAAAUUCCAUGAAUUCGGUUUUUCGGUUUUUGUGAAAAAAAAUUAAAGGAUGACCUAAUAUUAUGUGGUGCAAUGUAAUGAAUAACAGAUGGUGAUUUUUAUAUAUUUAUACGUGAAUCUAGUAGCUCGAGGUCCUCCAUUAAUGUGUUAUUAAGACAUUACAAAUGAACGGUAUCGAAAGGAAACAAAAUGUUAAAAUCUGAUUAUUGCCCAAAGACAUUGGAAAUCACAGAAGCGGAAAUGACAAGCAACAGCCUGACUCAUCUAGUGCGAAAUCUUCCGGAAUGUUACUGAGAUAGUAUUUUUAUGUUUGAAAAUUGAUUUUCAAAUAUUAUUUACCUUUAACAUUGCUUCUCUUAUGAUGUUCUGUGUUGUUAUGAUAAUUAUUAUCAUUAAAAAAAAAGAUGUGCUUUUC